UCUCCAUGUUCCUCCACAGGUCUGAUGUUCGAGCAGAUAUCUGAAGGUUUAGAAACAGUGCGAGUUUAACCGGAUCCUCAGAGAGGGUUUUCCAUACACCUCAGCUGGCACAACAAACUCUCCACUGAUGUGUGCGUGUGUGAGACAGAAACUUCCAGCGGUGUCUGCUUGGACACAGUAAUGGACUAAAGCCCUCACAGAUGAACAUCAUCCAGUUUCUUUGAGCUCUGUAAAGUGAAUAGUGUUAUUGAAGUGUGAAGAUGUUGCAGCAGAUCUUGACUGACAUGUAUAUUGAACCGGAGCUGCUAGCCGAACUAAAUGAAGAACAGAAACGGGUUUUGUUCUUCAAGAUGAGAGAAGAACAGAUCAGGAGAUGGAGAGCGAGAGAGAUGCAGCUGGAGAAAGAGGAGACUGCACGCAUGAAACACAAAAAAGUUUCAGGGAAGUGUGUAUCAUGGAUGAAGGGUCUGGAUGAUGACGUGUGGGUUUGGGUGAUGGGUGAGCAUCCUCAUGAUAAACCGUACGAUGAGAUCUGUGAUGAGAUCAUGACUGAGAGUGCAGGGCUGCAGGCCCAGAGACAAGCCGAGCAGCUCAGGGCAAAGAAAGAGGCAGAUCUAGAGAAGCACUUUUCAGGUAUCUAUAUGGAACCGAUGGAACCGGAAGUGGAGCAGGAGAAGAUCAGACAGGCUGCUGCUGUAGAACAGAGCAGAGCUGAGGAGGAACUCAUGAAACGGGAGGACCUGGAGAGGAGUAAAGCAGAGGAGGAGCUCCGGAGGCUGGAUCAGGAGAGAAAACAGCAGACUUACAUGUGUCUGAAGGAGUUGCAGACCAAUAAACAGACUCAAGAGGAGGAGGAGGAGGAGAAACAGUGGCAGGAGACAUUGCAGAAGUCAAAAGCCGCAGACAUGCGCAGACGCUCCCUAGUCAAACAGACCAUCGAGGACCAACGCAGACGCUCUGUCAAAGCUCUAGAGAGAGGUCGUGUGGCAGCCAUUACAAAGACCUUCUGUGGAGGAAAUCAAGUCCCUCCACCCAAGCCCAAACCCAGAAGCACCACGACCAGCAGCAAUGCCAUCACUCAGAAGCCAGAAUUGCGGCGCUCAUUGUCAACGUCUAGUAGAGCACAUAUCAUUCGCUGGUUUAAGGAGGAACAGCUGCCUCUCAGAGCGGGUUUCCUGCGUGACCAGAGCGGGAUUGCCCCCUGGUUUCAUGGUAUUAUAACUCGUGAGAAGGCAGAGGAGCUGUUGAACGAGGGGGAGGCCGGUCACUUUCUGGUGCGUGUGAGUGAGAGAAUUUUUGGAUAUGUGCUUUCUUACCAAUCUAAAGAGGGAAUCAAGCACCUGCUCAUCGAUACUUCAGAGAGCUGCUACAUGAUGUUAGGAGACCACAUCAAAUUCACUUCUCUCACAGAACUGGUGGAAUAUCAUCAGGUGGAGCCGCUAAGCCCAUCUGGAGGGGAGUAUCUACUGCACGCGCGUGGCCAGAGAGCAGGUGCCGCUGACUACACAGACCUCUUCAGCUGAACUGUAAACACUGACAUAAACCACCUGAAUGAAGAAUAUUUGAGCCUUCACACUGUAAACAAGCGUACUGCACUGUGAUACUUAGCAGGAAUCAUUGGACAAAAUUGUCAACCCUGAAUGUAUGAUUUAAUAAUAAUAAAUACAGCAAGAAUAACUUGAACUAGAAUUCUGUUUUCAUGGAUUAUCACAUUUCCAGAGGCACCCAAAUGAAUUGUAUUGCAUUUAUUUGAAUCCAAUUAUUGAUGUACAUUUAUGACCACAUGAUUUUUCCAUGUUUAAACAGCCUGUUUCUUUUUGUAAUAUGAUAUUGACUUUAAAAGUGCUUUGCUUGUAAAAAGAUUAUAAUUUUUCUGUUAAUAUAAUUGAAAUAAUGGUAUUAAUAAUUACUAUAUACACACAUCAUAUACAGCGUAAUUAACACUGUUGUUUAACAAUGGGUGUGUUUACAUGCAUAAUCUUACACUGAUUUUGGUUAAGAAGUUGACAAAACAUAAGGUCAUGUAAAUGUCAUAAGUGGCUUUUCUUUGUCAGUGUAAGUUCAUAAAUAGUUUAAGCAUAAACUGAUUGAGUUGUGUGUGUGGAUGUCUAAAUGGUUUUCUUGCAUUUUUGAUAGUUGUACAUGCAAGUGCACUCAUUGUUUAUUAUUUCAAAACACAGUUUCGGACUAUGCCCUUUUGUUUGUCU